CAGAGAGGCAUGGAUGGGAGGCUGUAUGUUACGGUGCCUCUACACAGCGCCUCACUGUGCUCUAUUUUCAGGGUCGGAUGUGACAUUUAUCCUCAUCACCAAAUCCAUGACAUGGACUGAGGCCCAGAGCCACUGCAGAGUAAACUACACAGACCUGACCAGUGUGAGGAACAUGACAGAGAACCAGAAGGUACAGGAGCUGAUACCUGCAGGAGAACGUGUCUGGAUCGGCCUCUUCAGAGACUCCUGGAAGUGGUCGGAUGGAAGUAACUCCUCAUUUAGGCACUGGAUACCAGGGCAACCUGAUAACAAUGGAGGGACUGAGGACUGUGUGACUGCAUACUUUGGCUCCUCCGGACAAUGGUACGACGAGCCCUGUGCCAUCAGGAGAGCGUUCAUUUGUUACAGCACACGUACAACAAAACAAGUGUUCAGACUGAAGUUUCACACACAGGACUCCUCUCUGGAUCUGAAUGACCCUGCUGUGAUGGAGGACACCUCGAAGAAGCUCAAACAGAAGCUGAAGGGCCAGGGGCUGGGUGACAACAUCAAACUGAGCUGGAGGAAGCAGCCAGAUGGAAAAGUCUUCCACAAGGAAGAGAAGAAGAAGAAGAAGAAGACCAAAAAGGAUGAGCUUUAAGGCUGAAUUGUUGUGUUUGGUUUCAUCAGAGAAAAGUGGAUUUCUUUCCUUAAAGUCUUCAUGUAAUGGGUCAGAAUAGAUCUGCAACAAUUAGCUGAUUAAUCCAUCAGUCGCAACUAUUUCAACAAUCACUUUAUCCUUUUAGUCAUUUUGUAAGCUGGUUCCAGCUUCUCAAAUAUAAGACUUGAUGAUUUUAGUUGUCGUAAAUUAUCACAAAUUCAAUAUCUUAAACUGUUGGUCAAUUAUAACAAGACAUUAGUCUUUAUGUGUUUGGGCUGUUGGAAAUUAUUUCAGCCUUUUUCACUAUUUCCUGACAUUUUUCACUUCAAAUACUGUGAGAUAAAAUAAGUUAAGAUACUUUAUAAUAAGAUUUGACUCAAGGAAACAAAAACAAACACCUUUAAAAAAAGAUGAGCUCUGAUGUUUUGUGAUAUCUUUAAAAUCUAUUUUUUUCUCUUUAGGAUGGCACAGUGGUGCAGUGGUUAGCAUUGUCGCCUCACAGCAAGAGGGUUCCUGGUUUGAACCCUGGGGUGGGG